UAAUGUGAGCAGUGAUGAAGUUUUGAGUUGUUUUAUGGCAACAGUACUUUACCACCAUGAGUUCAAGAGGUUUAUCUAAGAAGGAGCUAGAAGAAUUACGUAAAAAGGAGGAGGAAGAAGCUGCAGCUCAUGUAUUCAAAGAGUUUGUGGAGACUUUUCAAGAAGUCCCUAGUACUACUUCAAAAGUUUGGGUGAAAGCUGGUACUUAUGAUGCUGGAGCACGAAAGGAAGACACAUCAGAGCGUGGCAAGUUAUAUAAGCCUACAUCCCGUCUGGAGGAGAAGCGCACCAGCAGCGAGGCAGACAUCGUGCGCAGUCUGGCGCCGCGACCUGAACCACCCCGCGUACGCUCCAAACAACGCUCGCAGGACAAGAAGAAGAGCAACUUGGAACUCUUUAAGGAGGAACUCAGACAAAUACAGGAGGAGCGUUCAGAGCGUCACAAGUACAAGAAUGUGUUGCGGGAGCGCGGCGCAAUAGGUGUGGAGCCCGCGGUCGAUACCAUACCGGAUGUGGGAUCCUACGAUACCGGGGACCCAAACACGACCAAUCUCUACCUUGGCAACCUCAACCCCAAGAUAACAGAACAGCAACUGAUGGAGAUAUUUGGACGGUAUGGUCCCCUGGCCAGUAUUAAGAUUAUGUGGCCGCGAUCGGACGAGGAGAAAGCGCGCGGUCGCAACUGCGGCUUCGUAGCGUUCAUGUCGCGCAAGGACGGCGAGCGAGCGCUACGUUGUAUCAACGGCAAGGAGAUAAUGAGUUACGAGAUGAAACUCGGGUGGGGCAAGGCGGUGGUGAUCCCGCCGGUGCCCAUCUACAUCCCGCCUGCGCUGCAGCAGCCCUGCAAGCCGCCGCCCCCCUCCGGCCUGCCCUUCAACGCGCAGCCGCCGCGGCAUCGCGCGCACAAGGUACAUACACCACCACACACAUCAUUCUAUUUAAACAUAUACUAAUAUAAAUCUGAACUGUUUUGUUUUAGUUGAAUGCGUUAAUGUCAGGAGCUACUGGUUCGAAUUGAAUUUUUUUUUUUGUGUUGAAUAGGAAAUUGUCACGUAAUCUUUUUCUCGUAUACAUUAAAGUGUUCAUUCAUUAAUUCAAUAGUCCGUUUAUUUAGGAACAAAGCGGGCGAAGCCGAUAUUAAAAUUGUAACCAAUAUUAAAAUAGCUUUUAACGCUUGUAUUAUGUAAAACUGACACAACGAAAAUACUAUAACACCCAGACUUAUUAAGACGCAAUAAAGAAAACGUCAUUUUGAUCAUUGACCCGACUGGGAAUCGAAUCUCAGAGAUGAAGAUACCUCGACAUCAACAUCCUAGUUACUCUGCCUUGAAGAUCGUCAAACUCAUCAUCACGAUGUACAACAUCAUUGUUUACAUAUUUAUUUCUUAUUAUUAUUUUCCAGUCGUGCCAAGACAGUAUGAACCAACUGAUAACUUUUUCGUGAAUUCAGUGUUACUGCCGUAGUAAAAGUUGUUCAGUAUACUUAUUUAUAUAACUAAUCCACUUGUUGCUCCAAAUAAUUGAUUUUAUUCAUAUUCACGUCAUGUAGAUUCCUCGUGUCCGUCCUGGUGACUACUACCCCAGUGAUCCGGAAGACCAAAAAGUCUAUGAACAGGUAUGAAACUACAUAUAUUCAAUAAGUUUUCUUAUUGAUAUAACGAUAAUGAUCUAUUUUUAUUUUUUUCAUAGAUAUUGUCGCAGUCGAUCGUCAAAGUAGUAGUGCCUACGGAAAGGUUAGAAUCUAUAUUAAUAACUCAUAUAAUUUUAGUAAUAAUUUAUAAAGUUGAAAAACUUUGAUGUAUGCGCAAUAACCAACACAUGAUGGUGAAUUACAAAUGAGUAUUCAAAUUUUGCACAC